AUGGCUUCACUCCCUCCGUCUGAGAUCCCCGCUAGGAUCGCUCCGGUGAAGCCAAUGGAUGCACAGACGCUCCUUGAUAUUCUUGCAGACAUUCAGAGAUGGCGCUAUGGGUUUGGUGCUGGGACGACGGUGCUCUUCUACGACUUGUUGCUCACUUUCGACAAGGAGCUAGAUUAUAUCUGGCGAAAAGGUUUCACAGGGUUAUCUGUUCUCUAUCUAAUGAAUCGAUAUUUAUUCCUCCCGUUUAUUGUCCUGACAGCUUACGAAUUCAGCAAUCUCCGGCCUAGUGGCGUUCUUGCCAUCUCGACUUGGCUGCUCUCCUUGCGCGUCAUCUCAUUGUAUCAUCGCCAAAGACGAAUCGUCUUGUCCAUCUACAUCCUUUACGCGAUAGUACACGGAACCUCGUUUGCGUUCAACGUCACAUUCGCUCAGGAUGCUUAUCCAACAAUCCAAUACUCGACGGACAUUUCCCUCUGCAGAUCUAUUGCCAAUGUGGCGCUGAUCCGAGGUGGAUAUUUUACACCAGUUGUUGUAUUAGAGCUAUACAUUCUUAUACUGCAGAUCAUGCAUCAUUACCGACGACGCGAGCAUGGGAUCAAAGCACAUCUCAGCUCUUUUGAUCUCGUGCAAGCACUCUACCGUGACGGGUAUAUGUACCUGUUACUAACCUUGCUUCUUCGACUUUCAACAUCCUUGAUCAAUCAGAUUGGCAAAGGUGCUGGGCUCGCAAAGAGUCGAACAGAGUUUCCACUGACGAUUGUGUUUGCUAGCCGGUUUCACCUUCGGCUGCAGGAACACAUUCACCGGCCACCGGCAUCGACCAGCGAAUUUGCCACGAUCACUCACAGUUCUGAUAUGGAAUCUACACAACGAUAUACAAGUCCCAACUAUCAAAGGACGAAUGGUCACGGUCAAUUGGGAGAGAUUGCCCUCUCGACGUACUCACACUCAAAGGCUUGGCCGUUAGCCGAUGAUACGAGGUCGGCAAGAUAG